UCAUGCAUUACAUGUGCCUACAUUACGUGUUAGUAAUCUUAACCGUUAGAUCCCGUUUUACUCGAAGAUGGUAAGCUCAUUCAUUCUCCGCCAUCCACACGGUUUCCUCUGCAAGUCUAGGUUCAGCCGACCCUGUUUUUAAGCACCGGAGAAUAAUCAAGCGGUCUUAAUACAAUUUCAGCGACCAGAUUGCAUCUUCACAUAAAAGCCGCGUAUGUAAAAUGACCCAAGAGAGCAAAAAGAUCAAGAGUCUGUCACUUCUCUAAUGGAGAUUCUAAAGGUACACAGUGCAGAGUCCCUUUUGAGUGCGUAAAUGGUAGAUUUCUAGUUGCGUUCUCCUUUUGAGUGCGAGUUUAGCUCCAUUGAUAUAAGGAAGUUGCAGGGGUGGAGACAAAGAAAAGGAAGUUAGUGGUAAUUGUGGACGGAGAAAAAGAACUAGAAGGGUGGAGAAGAAAUGGACAGAGGAGGAGGAGAAGAGAAACUUUACUGGGCAUCUUUUUAGUUUUCAGCACAACAGACAUUUUUGUAUUUAACCAUUGCCGUUGUCCUACUUUCCCCUGUUCCUUUUUCUCUCUCUCUUCGUUCUGGUUCUUCAAUGGCUAAAAGAUCAUUCGUGAGUGAGGGUGAAGAGCAGUAUAACGACCUAGAAACAGAACAGGAAUCAGAAAUAGAAGAAGAUGAAGGAGAAGAGGAGGAGGAGAAGCAUCAGAGGGAGAAGAUGAUAAUUAUACGGGUGGUAUCUGGAGGGGAAAGAAGGGGGUUUCAAUUAGAGUCAAAUAGCGAUAAUGGUAGUGGAGGUAUCUAUCUGUGUUGCCAAGCAGAUGAAUGUGGUAAAGAAUUGGUUGACGCCAAGGCCUACCACCGACGCCACAAGGUCUGUGAGCGACAUGCAAAGGCACCUGUAGUCCUGGUCAAGGGCGUUCGUCAGAGGUUUUGCCAGCAAUGCAGCCGGUUUCACGGGAUUUCAGAGUUUGAUAAUUUUAAAAGAAGUUGUCGAAGUCGUUUGGCUGGUCAUAAUGAACGUCGGAGGAAACUUCUGUCCGAUCAGAAAAUGCAAAAAUAUGUGGAGAAAUCAAAAACAAGUAAUAAUACCGUAGAACAUACGAGAUUUCAAAAAUCCGAUCAAGUGGUUCUACAAAAUAAUCGAAAGAUCAAGCGCGUUCGUAUUGAAUGACUACAAAUCGAUUUUCCUUUGGCAUACAUUAAUCAAUAUGUCAAUCAUCAUCAACAAAUGAGUUUGUUUUGAUCGAUGAUGUUUGUCAUCCUAAUUCCCAAGUAUUCACUUUUUAUACAAAUUUUUUAUUUUAGGACUUGGAUUAUAAUAUAUCUAUAUAUUUUCAUCUUGGCCCUUGUUAUGGAGUCUGCGUUUUGCUUGUAGACUUUAUUAUGAUCUCU